CGAACAUUUUUGCAUAACCCUUCCUAAGAUAUCAUGCGAAGCAUUGUUUGAGGAUACGUUGCAUAGAUGGACCCAGCGGGCGGUGCCUGAAUGCGGGGAGACACCUGCUGAGCUGCCCUCACCAGCCGUCCCUUCUCCAGCUCGGCCCAGGUAACGACCGGCUGAUUUGUGCUUGCCAUUGGCAGCGCGUCACUCGAGCAAACAAGGCAGUAGGAACAAGGCAAGGGGAAGAGUUGUUUUUCCCCCAGAUCACACGCAACCUUUGAUUGAACCUACUGAUUUGUUUGACAAACAACGCAGUCCUAAAUAAAGCAUGCAAGGCCUUCAGAAAUAGGCAAUUCAAUUCCAACCCACUGUUUAAGUAUAAUGCCUUAUGGGUAGACGUAGACCUGGCUUACCAUGCAACAAAGGUAUUAGUACACCUGACAGAGGGCGUAUUCCAAUGCUGGUUUGUUGGUUUAGUCAGAAACGAAACCUAGAAACCCAACAACAACGACGAGCUCCUCUUCCGUGGUAGCAGGGCGAUCAGAAUGAGCAGCUGCCGCAUCAUCACCAAUCUUUUCCAUUAACUAUUAGCUUAGGCAACUCCCGGAGGACCCCUGCAGAGAAAGCUAUACGACCAUGAGCAACUUAAUGUUAAGAGAGGACUUCAUGGAUUGGUGGACUUCAUUGGUAGCGGUUAUUGCCUUGCUCUGGAUCCUUUGUUUAUUCGACGGCCACGCGGUGCUCGAGCUGCGGCUGCUCUUCCACGCGCUCACCAAGGCGGCAUGCCACCUCUACUUGGCGCUCCUACCGCUGCGCCGCGCCGCGAGCCACUUCGCCGACUGCGCGAGAUACUUCGUCAACCACGUCCAGCAGCCCCCUCCCUCUUCGGCCCAAGGAUACCCACCGCACAGCCACCACCCACCCCCCGCGCGGAAGGGCACGCUCCACUUCAUAGAAGCGAUGUGCGUGGUGUGCGAAACGGUGCCCAAUCUGAUGUGCGCGGCGCUCAGCGUAGGUGCGGCGCUCUGCCACGCCUUGCAAGGGGGCUUUUACGUGCUGGCCGCGACGCUACGCACCAUUCAGGCGAAUCUGUUCUCGCAGAUGAACGGCGAGAAGGACAGGUGGGACAAAGAGCGCCACCGCGCGAAAGAGACGGAGAAAAAGAUGAAUUCCAAAGUGCUGGAGUACAUCUCGGUGUUCUGUCAAGACCCAGUCACUGCUCUGCGCAUCAAAGUGGACGUGCCACCUGUAUAUAGAUAACAUAAUGGGGAUACGUAUAAUAUAAUUCUUUCUAUUGGCUACUGGCAUUAAAGGGCCCUCCGUGUAUCUGCUAAAAGGGGUUAUUUGUGCUGAAAGGUUGUUAUAGUUGUUAAUUGAAAGGAAGACGACUUUUAUAACCUGGGACGGAACACAAAAUGUAUGAAAAACAUUGGUUGUACAACACAGUGUGUGAAGUGUAUAGACGUGCAAUUAAGGUGCUUUUAAUUUGAUUACAUCCUUUAUUACAUGAUAUACAUAAAUCAAAAAUAAAUAUCUCAAACAAAGAUUUCUAUUCAGAUAUCACAA